UAAAGCACUUGUGCCUUUGUUCCUUUAAUAAAAAUAAAAACAACUUGUUGGUUCUGCAAUCUGUCUGCAUUUUAUUAAAAGGGGUUUAUGGCAGCCUUUGAAUUCCGGUCACCCUAUUUACUCUCUGUAAUUUUUCUCCUCCUCAUCCUCCUCCUUCUGGUUCUUCUUCCAUUCUCUCCCUUCAACCAAAACCAUUUCAAUCUUGUAAGCCUUUCUUCUUCUUCUUCUUCUAGCCCUCGUCAAAGCAACCAAACAAGCCAAUAUCAAUACGUCUCACCUGCACCCUCUCCUUCUACUUCCUUUGUUGCAGACCAUGUCAAAAAAAAGAAGCGCAGUGGAAUCACGAUUGAAGAAGAGUUGGCGAGAGCGAGAGCAGCCAUCCGCAAAGCCAUUCGUACGAAGAAGUAUACAUCUGAUAGACAAGAGAUUUACAUCCCCAGAGGAAGUGUGUACAGAAAUCCCUAUGCAUUUCAUCAGAGCCACAUAGAGAUGGUGAAAAGAUUCAAGAUAUGGGCUUACAAGGAAGGAGAAAUACCCAUCUUCCAUAACGGGCCCAUGUCCUACAUCUACUCCAUUGAAGGUCAUUUCAUCGAUGAGUUGGACACCAGUGGAAAUUCCCCAUUUUUGGCCCGCCAUCAUCACGAGGCACAUUCCUUCUUUGUCCCUGUAAGCGUCAAAAGGGUUGCUGAUUUCUUGUAUGAUCGCCCUAAACCAUACACAUUUCACGGUCGACUGGUUCGUAUUGUCACCGACUACAUCAAUGUUGUGGCCCACAAGUACCCCUACUGGAAUAGGAGCAAUGGAGCUGACCACUUUAUGCUCUCUUGUCAUGAUUGGGCACCAGAAAUCAUAGAUGAUGACCAUGAGUUCUACAAGAACUUCAUAAGAGUACUCUGCAAUUCUAACACCUCAGAAGGAUUCCAGCCCGGGAGAGACGUCUCACUACCAGAAUAUAACAUACCGGAGAACACUCUUGGCCCAUCGCUCCUCCACCAACACCCCGAUAACCGGCCUAUCCUGGGCUUCUUCGCCGGUGGUGCUCAUGGAGACAUAAGGAAGUUUUUGUUUGAGCAUUGGAAGGACAAAGAUGAUGAAAUCCAAGUCCAUGAGUAUCUUCCAAAGGGGCAAAAUUACCACCAAAUAAUGGGACAGACCAAGUUUUGCUUGUGCCCAAGUGGGUCUGAAGUUGCUAGUCCUAGAGUGGUUGAGGCCAUGUAUGCAGGGUGUGUCCCUGUGCUCAUUUCUGACUAUUACUCAUUGCCCUUCGCUGAUGUUCUCGACUGGAGCAAGUUUACAAUAGAAAUUCCACCAAAGAGAAUACCCGAGAUCAAGGCAAUAUUGAAAGCUGUUCCACACUCAGAAUACUUGAAAUUGCAAAAGAGGGUGAUGCAGGUGAGAAGGCAUUUCAUGCUCAACCGACCGGCUAAGCCAUUUGAUGUAUUUCAUAUGGUGCUUCACUCCAUAUGGCUAAGGAGGCUUAACAUCAGGCUACCCAAUUAAUUUUAUUCAACAACCAUAAUAAGCAUUCUUUUAAUAUUUUACUCUUGGAAUUUUACACCAUUUGUAAAAUCUUCUAUAAUUUUGAUCAUUUUGAUCCCUCCUUCCUACAUCAUCAUCUACAAAUGAGUAAAACAAGGGACGGAUUAUUAUCACUA